AUGGGAAUAGCUGGUCUAAUCGAGAUAAAAAGAAGGGAUGCAGCACUUGAGAAUCCAGCCGAGCCCAUUAGUCUUUUCUGGCUUUCUUUCCAAUAUGGGGUUUUCGGGAUUGCAGAUAUGUUUGCUAUGGUUGGACUGAUGGAGUUUUUCUACAAAGAAGCGCCCUCCGGGAUGAGGUCUUUUUCUACUUCUUUCUCAUUAUUAUCCCUUUCUUUCGGGUACUUCUUGAGCACGACCUUUGUUAAUAUCAUAAACGCCGUGACUGAAAAGGUUACCCCGAGUAAACAAGGUUGGCUGCAGGCACUAGAUUUGGAACACAAGAAGUUGGAUUUGUUUUACUGGUUCCUAGGCAUCCUAAGUUGUCUGAACUUUGCAAACUAUCUAUUUUGGGCAUCAUGGUACAAGUAUAGAUCGGAAGGUAAGGAUACCGAAGAUGAAGUCCCCGGUUGGGAGGGAUCGCCUACUCACAAUACGCGAAAAUAA